GUGAUUGUUAUCUGUCUGUUACAUGUGUACAUGUGAUUGGGACAGUCAAUUUGGCCUGUGAGAAUUGUUAGUUUUAUUAUUAUUGUCCUGACCAAAGAAUUUUUGGGCGUGAAAUUCUGGGGUUUUUUUGCGUCACCAAGGUGGUUUUUUUUGCUGCUUUCGCUUCUGCGACAUUUAUUUGUCGCUUCAAAAUCUCAUCUCAGGAGUAAUCAAUCAUUACAACUAAGUCGUGAAUUAACAAAAUAAAUUAGGAUUAAUUAAUCUAUACAAUGAUGAUGAUGUUGGAUCAUCAUUCCACUGAACAUCAUAAUGGUUUAGAUCCGAAAUCCGAUACAGAUAUUGGGAUAGUUAAUUCUAACAUAUUAUGUGAAUCUAGACGACCAAAUUCUAAUAUUCCUAAAGUAAAUGGAGAUUUCACACAUAAUACUUUUCAUUCUUCACCAACAUAUGUUUAUCCACUUGAUCGACAUUCCGCUCCAGCAUCCACAAAUAAAUCAAUUUCACGUCAAAUAACACCGAAUGAUUCAUGCCAUGAAAGUACUUUACGUUUGCAUGAAGAUCGUAAACUAUUCAUUGGUAUGUUAGGAAAGCAUCAAACCGAGAAAGAUAUUCAAAAUUUAUUUUCACCUUAUGGGCUCAUUGAAGAAUGUACAAUUUUACGUGAUCAAAAUGGUUUGAGUAAAGGUUGUGCUUUUGUAAAAUACUCCUCGAGUACAGAAGCGGCAAACGCUAUCGAUCAUAUGCAUAAUAGUCAAACAAUGCAAGGUGCUUCUUCUCCGUUGGUUGUAAAAUUUGCCGAUACAGAGAAAGAACGUCAAGUUCGCAGACAGCAUCAGCAGAGCACGACAAACGGUUCUUGUUCUCCGGCGUCAGGGCAUUCUACCAGUACAGGGAUGACUAAUGGUCACUUAGAUGGGUCUCAUACAUCAAUGCAACAAUAUAAUCAACAACAAUCUCUUCGAACUCCAAUUACGAAUAUCACAGAGGCGUCUAAUAUGGCGGUAGCGGCGGCCGCUGCAGCAGCCGCGGCUAAUGCAUUUCAACAAUCACUUGUUGCGUCUAAUGUUACACCAGGGUAUUUACAAUUCCCGCCCGGUUUAUUUCCUACCGCUUCAUCAAAUGCUAGCCCUGUUCCUAAUGGUUUCCAAAGUUCAGUUACUCAAUUCACUCAACAGCAACAACAACAACAGAGUCAAGUAGCUCAGCAAGGAUCAGCUUCGGCUUAUUUUAAUCCUAUGGCAGCUUUCAUGGCGGCUGCAGCUGCAAUGCAAUAUGCCAAUCCACAAUUAUCAACUGGUAUAACAGAAAAUCCAUCAAGUCGUUCAACAUCUAUUCCAUUACAAUUGAACACGAUUGUUAGUCAUCCUACAAUCGGUGUUGCUCAUCAGCAUAAUCCACUUACAGGAACUAAUCAUUCAGUACCGAAUGCUUCAGCGUUAGCAUCAUUGGCUGCCGGUUGUCCAGCCACUACUUUACAAAAUAAUACACUUCCUCAAUUAGCUUCAUUGUUCCCUUUGACAGAUGUCGCUCUAUUAUCUCCAGCCGCUUUAGCUGCUCUUACUCAAGUUGGCGCGGGUGCAGUUAAUGGAGGUUUAUUAACUGAAGCUGGAGUUUCCGGUAAUAACGAAUUUAACAAUGCGUUUGGUACUGGUUUAUUAGUUUCUGCUUCACCAUCCACAAUAUCACCGCCGAGUUUCGCCAGCAUAGGUAAUGGUACUACUCAAGGUCAACAACCAGUUUCUAUCUCUUCAUCAACUGGUAGUGUUUUACCAAAUGUUUCUCUUGGUGCAACUGCUAAUAUCUUGGUCUCAUCUCCGGGAAUGGUUACUCCGGUUGCUUCUACACCUCCUACCGUUAGUCCGGCUAUUUUACCGUCACCAAUAACAAAUGAGCCUGUAGGUUUGUAUGCAGCAGCUGUCGCUUUACAGAAUUCAACUGCAGUAGGUCAUACAAAUGCGAACGGAUUACAAUUUCCUCAAUUACAUCCAUCGUUUGCAGCAGCUGCCGCCGCCGCUGCCCAGUCAAUGACACCAUCUCCAGUGAACACUGCACUGAAUUCGUAUUUCACGGAAAAUGCAGCUUUACAAGCGGCGGCGUUAGCUGCCGCUGCAGCCGCGUCUGGUCAGUCGUUUACUAAUGAUCCUAUCGUUCAUCAACUCUAUGCUGGUCUUCAAGCCUACGGGUUAGCUUAUCCUACUGGAGGUGCCGCAUAUACCACUUUUCCUAAUCUACAUCAUCAAGCUUUAUCAAUGCCUGUUCAACAGAAAGAGGGUACCAGGGAACUGAUAUUAACAGGUCCUGAAGGAUGUAAUCUAUUCAUUUAUCAUUUACCACAAGAAUUCGGUGAUAAUGAAUUAGCUCAAAUGUUUAUGCCAUUUGGUACAGUGAUCAGCGCUAAAGUUUAUGUUGAUCGAGCUACUAAUCAAAGCAAGUGUUUCGGUUUUGUCAGUUUUGAUAAUCAUACAAGUGCUCAAAAUGCAAUUCAAGCAAUGAAUGGUUUUCAAAUUGGUAUGAAACGAUUGAAAGUACAAUUGAAGCGUCCUAAAGGCGGUAACACUUCAUCAACAUCAUCAUCGUCAAAUACAAAAUCUUCUCGUGAUACUACUACUACUACUACCACGCAUACUGGACAAAGACAAGACGGUGAUUUAUCUCUUCCUUCACAGGAUUCUAUAUACUCUGAGGUUCUUGUGCUCUAGAUGGUCUUGUGUAUAAAAGGUUAAGUUUCAGAAAAUUAACCAAAUGAUUAGCACAAUUUCACAUUACGUCUUAUUUGUUGUAAUCACUGGAACCGAUGGAAGUGUUCCCUUUUUAAGAUUAUUGCAAUCUUUUCCCAAAAAACAGAUGAGUUAUCGUUGUUUGUCCGACAGUGUCAGUGUUUAGUACUUUCUUUUUGAUUAGGUGAAAACAUUCAUGUCAAGUUGGUAAUGUGUAGUGUAUGCAUGUGUGUGUGUGUGUGUGUUUAGUUGUGUACAUCACCAGCUUAUAAUUUGAGCGUUCAAUGCAAUAGAUACACGGAAAUAUUCUACUUAUAACAUGUUCAUCUAUGGAGUGUCGGUUAACCAAUUAAAAUAUCUAACUUCACUUUAUUAAGUUCCAGUCGGAAUGCACACUGAAAACCUCUCGGUACAAAAACAAUCUAAAUCCUAAUGACAUUCUUAUUAUUACGUAAUAUGUCCUAGUGACAUUCAUUUAUCGUGUUACAUAUGUGUCGUUUCAGUUAGAGAUGAAGAUUUUUCGUUGUUGUUUCUUUCUUUCUUUUAUUAUUGUUGUUAGUCCAUUUUUCAUUUGAUUACUGGUUCAUGAAAAAAAAACAAUCUUGGGAUCUUCCGUUUUUUGUGUGCUCGUUUUAUGUGAACUUUUCUUAUCUGACUUGAUUUGGCCCUUAAAUAUCUUCCUUAUGUAAUACAUAUCUAUGUAUUUAUCUGUUCUCUCGACUGAAUACCAAUAAUGUUGAUGUAUUAUAAUGGGGCUUAUUAUGAUAAGUCCCUAAAUUUUCACCCCUCUGAACUGCUUUGAAAGAUUGACACCAUACUAUAGGUGUAAUUGGUGGUAAGGAGAAUUUGAAUUGAUAUAUGACUGAGAAUCAAACACGGUGGCUCAAUUCUUUCUAUUUAAAUGUCCGAAUAACGCUAGUGGGAGUUGUGGUAUGUAAUGUAUAUAGAUGGGUGGUUUAUGGUUUGUCCGUAAAAUCACUAUCAUCACCUACUAAGUGUUUCUUUAUCAUAAUUAUAUAGAAGGGAUUUCAUGCUGAUGAGUAACCAUUAAGAAAACUGUUGAUCCCCUAUCGGUUUAUAACAUUUCACCACUAUCAGACGAAAUUGUUCAAUGAUUACCAUUUGUUGAGAGGCUGACGAAACACUUUCCCGUUCAAAUUUCUGAUAACAGUUUACAAAAUGAAGUUAAUGAGAUUAUCCAGAAGCUAAUUUUCGUCACGCUUUAAUAUCAACUGAGAGAGGUUGGAAAUUAUUAAAAAAAUAAGAGAUCAGUAGAUGACAGCUAACUGUAUGGAGCGCUUCAACUGUUGUACCUUAUCAACGAGAAUGUUUUCUUAUUAUUAUUAAUUUAAAAUCCUAUACUUCCAUACUGAAAUAAAACAGCUGUCCAGUACUUCUUAAGUCAUAUUAUAACCUCGAUCAAAUUGUUGAUCAAGAUGUGAAUGACAUCACUCAUAAUCGAUCACAGUGUCACAAAUUCCGUUACCCUAUUUAUCCUUUUCUCUAGUAGUAGUUAUAUUAAACGUCUCACUACCACGUUCCCGUUUUUUGCUUCUCCAUAUUCUUUAGUGUUUCUCAGUAUUACUUUGAGCGAACUUAUCAAAAACUUGUUUUCAUAUUCAUUUUAUCAGUUUCAUCUUAUUCAAGCUAAUUUCGUUAGGUUGCUUUUUUAUGCCAUACUCCCCCCCCCUGAAGUUGAUUAUAAUAACUAGUUGACUAGGAAAAAAUUUUCAUUCGUUUUUGUAAAUUAUUACCAUAGAAAUGUGAAUAGAAGUAAAAAUAAAUGUAACGUCAUAUUUAUUGAUUUUUUAUAAAAAGAAAAAAAGAAAUACACUAACAAUAUAAAAGUUUGGACACACCCCUUUUUCUGUUUAUACAGAUUAGGCUUCAUUUAUUGAAAUCAUGCUUAGUUCCAGUUUACGUCAAAUAAGUUCGGUUGAAGACUAAUCUGUUCGCCACGUGAACAACUGAUGAAUAUCACGUAGUGUUUGACGAAAAUGUAACAUCCACUUUUAGCUUACAAUUUCUAUAUAUAAACAAUUAAUGCAGAUACUAAUAGACAUGUUUGAUCACGUUUUUAUUCACUGGUUACUACGACUAAUACUGCUUAAAUGUUGCAUGUGUUUACUCCCUGUCUAAACGUUUUUUUCUUUAUUUGUUUGCAUGUCUUUACAUGUCAUUAAAUGAUCAAUUUGAUAAUGACGCUCUGCGUCAUUUCUAUUGGUGAUGGUGAUAAUAAUUUUGUUACUGCUGUGAACAAUGAAUAAAAUGAUUAUGUUUCUAUCUACCAUAAAGCUCACACAAUUGUUUGUUAUAUGAUAAGUGUCAUCUUUUACAAUCAUACUACAACAAAUAUACUUUGCCUUUUUUUUAUCAUGUUCAUGCUAUAUCUUUGUUUUCGGUGUUCUUUUUUUUCCUUGUAGAUAGUCGUAAGCCCUACUGAAACAGUCUCGGUCGCUCCGGUACCUGCUUUAUGAGGUGUAUGUAAUGGAUUGUUCCUCCCUCCUUUUGCUCUCUUCUUCUAUUCCUGACAAAUCUCAACAACACAGGUUAACUAUAUUUUUGUUGUUAUACUCUCUUCUAAUUGAUACUAUUCAUCUGCCGGCUUCCAUCUUGAAUCGUAUGAUGGUAACUACGUGUGUCAAUCUAUGUUAUGGCUCUAUUCUUUUCAUAUGCUCAAAUUUCUGCUCCUCCUAAAUUAUUUUUGCUAACUUCUGGAGUGCACACAUUUAUCUCUCACUACUGCGUCGCCCCCUAUUCUUUAGCAUUAUUCUUCACCAUUUAAUCUAUUGUAUGGUCUAUUUUUAUUAUUACUAGGCGGUCAAUUUAAAAAAUGUGUUUAUCUAGAUUCCUCUUUAUUUUUAGUUUCCUGAAAGAGAAUCAAAUUGAAUUUUCUUCUCCGUUUUUCCUUGCUUUGAUGUUGUGUGACUCUGUCUCCCUCUCUGUAUGUGUGUGUCGGGUGUCUCUCCCUAUUCAGUUCGAUUAAUCUCUGCAAUACAAUAAAUACAAAUAAACAGAAACAAACACAGAAUUUUGAUAGAAAAAAACACCCUGAUACAUUCAAUAUGGCAUUGUAGCGAAAUAAGAGCCACUCUCCAUUCACAGUAUACAUUUCAAUGGGUCUUGUUCAUUGACCAUGUACUAUUUUCACUGAUUCAUUUUAAUAAUACACAGAAAUAUUAAUUGAGAGUAUGCGUAACGAAAAAAGAGGGAGAAAGUCGCAUUAUUAUUAUUAUUAUUAUCCCAUCAUUAAGAUGACUGUUAAUCUAUUGUUUUAUUGUAUGCAGCCUCAGUGUUGUUUCUAUGAUUGUUGUCGUCAUAUGAGGAGGUGCUUUUUCUUCUUUCUUGCUUUUUCUCCAUUUUCCACGUUUUUCUUUCUUUUCGUCUUUGAAUAUAUUUUGUUAUAAUGAUUGGUGGUUUGUUUUCUGCUCAUUCCUUCGAUUUUCACUGAGUCAAAAUAGGGAGAGGGAGAAGGAGAUACACACACACACACAGGUAUAUGCAUAUUUUUACAUGAUGAAUGAAUUGUCCAUAAAUAACAGAUUUUGCUUAAUUAUCUUUGUUGUAAAUGACCUAUUGUCGUCAUCACUACUGUUGUAGAGUUGUUGUGUUACUUUUGUGCAUUACUGAGUAUUUUUUUGUUUGUUUGUUUGUUGAUAAAACACCUUUUUUUUCCAUAUGGCAUAUCGUUUCAUUAUGAUUGAAUAUUUUUUCAAGAGAAAAAACAAACAAACAAUUUAAACAUUCCGCUUACUGUGGUUAUUUGUUUCUCUCGACGAUUUGGUUCUCUCUCUCUUCAACGAUCGAUGUUGCAUUCGUUUAUAUUUGUGUUCGUCACGAGUUCCAUUUGCAUUUUUAACAUUUUCCAUCUAUAUUAUCGCUAAUAAUGUUGUGUAUGAGCUCUGGCACGUUCAUUGAAUAUAAUCACAAUAGAGUACGUUUAUAAUUGAUAGUAUCCAUUUUGGUUACUUAUCCAUCCAUUCGUCAUUAUUCUUAUUAUCUACUUAAAUGAUCUAUUUUAAUGAUGAAUAAAUAGCAAGUUGAUUAUCAUUAGUAUCAUUGCAAAAAGAAGAAAAACAGAGAACAUACACAACAAAUGAAGAAACUAGAUUGUUUUCGACGAUUUUUCUCCUUUUCUUUUUUGAUGACCAAUUAUUUACCUCCAUUAUAUAUUAUAUACAUUAUUCUUUCAAUAUAUUUUUUAAAAACAUAAUUUUCAUCCAUUUGUCUUGGCUACAUACAUUCCUUUAAUUCAAUUAUAGAAAUGGAACACAUUUUGUGAGAUGAUUUUUUGUUGUUGUUGUUGUUGAUACUCAUGUGUAACGCUUUCUACACAUCGACUACGAUUGUUACAAUAACGGUAGAGGAGAAAUAAAAGAAGGUUAUUUACAAGCUGAAGUCCUACUGUUGUUGUUGUUGUUGGUGAUGAUGAUGAUGAUGAUGACGGUGUUUCUAUAUUGUUGGUAAAAACCAUAGACAUAUUUCUCUUAUUUUUCUAUACCAUGAUAUACUACUGAUAAGCAAAUUGUUGUUGUUUUCCUUCACACACUCUCCAUGUUUUACUAUCCACAUACCCUUAUCCUUUCAUUCACAUGGUUAUCUGAUCCACACACUUCAAAAUACACAGAGACAAACUUAGAGAAAAUCUUAAUUUCACUCCCAAAGAAAGUAGACGAGACAUUAUGAUAUACAGCGCAAUACAACAUAACAGACAAGUGAAAGCUUCAGAGGAACUAAGCAAAACGAAUGCAUUUAAAUUUAUUUUUGUGCUGUAAUUUACUAGGGUUUUUUUUGUUGUUACCGAUGAUUAUGUUGAUGAGACCGCAUGAUUUACAUCGAUACCUCUUUACUUCUCUUCUAAUGAAUAUAUAUAAAUGCGAUUGUGCUGUUUUCCUGUAUGCGUAUAACUGAGUAUGUGGUUGAGAUUUUAAAGUGUGUGUGUGUGUGUGGAAUGAUCGGAUAUACGUUGAACAGUGAUAUACUGGUCAAUAAUGAUAUUAGAUUUACCGGUUUCUUUUUCAUAGAUAUAUCUUCAUAAUCCGUCUAUUCAACCCGCAAAUCGAUAAAUAAAUAAUUAAAUGGGUGUGGAUACACUAUGAUAUAUGCAGAAAUAAGAUUGUUCUUUACAUAUACACACAGUGGUAUUUCGUUUUCAGUUUUGGAGAAAAUACACACCACUACUGUCUCCGUUUCUUGUUUCCCCAUCUUAGGCGUUUUUUUUAUUAUUAUUACAUAUUAGUCAGUUUUUCUCUCCCUAUCCGAUUCUAUCAUUUUUACUACCAUGAUGAAUCUAUAGUGUAUAAUGUUAUAUGCCUCUCAUUUUUACAAUUUCUAUGAUUCUUAUGUUGAACACACUUUAAAAGAAAUACACAUGAAUACACUUUUCCAAUGCAUCACUUACAAGCAAACUGUACGUGAUAAUGUUAAUUAUAAUACUAACACUAUUAUGACUAUUAAUGAUGAUGAUGAUGAUAAUAAUACUAAUAAUUCUUUAC